CGGAGUGGAGGGCCUGCCGGGGGUGUCUGAAGCUGAGACCUCUGGCUCGCCGUCGCCGCACGAAUUUCGGGUUCUGCAGCUGACGCUACUGGGCGGGGCUUCGUGGCCAGGGACUGAGAGCCGCUGGCUCAGGCCUAAGUUUCCCCAGCUGUGCAUUGAGACCAGGUGCAGUGCCGCCUCCAGGGCGGGCCCUGAAGAGAGGCCGCACCCUCACGGGGACUGCAUCUCCCAGAGCGCCCCGCGGGCGGCCGGGCGGCGGGACUCCAUCUCCUAGAGUGCCCCGCGGGCGGCCGGGUGGCGGCUGCCGCAACCGACAGGUCGGGGUCUGGGCGCUGCGGCCUCUUCCCCGCGCCGGGGGCGGGGUCCUCGCCGGACAGCUUCCCGGCGGCGGCGCGAUGGACAGCCCCGAGGUGACCUUCACUCUCGCCUAUCUGGUGUUCGCCGUGUGCUUUGUGUUCACGCCUAACGAGUUCCACGCGGCGGGGCUCACGGUGCAGAACCUGCUGUCGGGCUGGCUGGGCAGCGAGGACGCCGCCUUCGUGCCCUUCCACUUGCGCCGCACGGCCGCCACGCUGUUGUGCCACUCGCUGCUGCCGCUCGGCUACUAUGUGGGCGUGUGCCUUGCGGCUUCAGAAAAGCGGUUCCAUUCCCCCGCCUGGCGGCUCUUCCUGCUGCUGGCCGUGACCCUCCCCGCCGUCGCCUGCAUCCUGAUCUACUACUGGUCCCGUGACCAGUGGGCCCGCCACCCACUGGCACGCACCCUGGCACUCUAUGCCCUCCCACAGUCCGGCUGGCAGGCUGUUGCCUCCUCCAUCAACACUGAGUUCCGGCGGAUUGACAAGUUUGCCACCGGCGCACCAGGUGCCCGUGUGAUUGUGACAGACGUGUGGGUGAUGAAGGUGACCACCUACCGAGUGCAUGUGGCCCAGCAGCAGGACGUGCACCUGACUGUGACGGAGUCUCGGCAGCACGAGCUCUCGCCAGACUCGAACCUGCCCGUGCAGCUCCUCACCAUCCGUGUGGCCAGCGCCAACCCUGCCGUGCAGGCCUUUGACAUCCGGCUGAACUCCACUGAGUACGGGGAGCUCUGCGAGAAACUCCAGGCACCCAUCCGCAGGGCAGCCCACGUGGUCAUCCACCAGAGCCUGGGCGACCUGUUCCUGGAGACAUUUGCCUCCCUGGUAGAGGUCAACCCGGCCUACUCAGUGCCCAGCAGCCAGGAGCUGGAGGCCUGCAUAGGCUGCAUGCAGACGCGUGCCAGCGUGAAGCUAGUGAAGACCUGUCAGGAGGCAGCCGCAGGCGAGUGCCAGCAGUGUUACUGCCGCCCCAUGUGGUGCCUCACCUGCAUGGGCAAGUGGUUCGCCAGCCGCCAGGACCCCCUGCGCCCUGACACCUGGCUGGCCAGCCGCGUGCCCUGCCCCACCUGCCGCGCACGCUUCUGCAUCCUGGAUGUGUGCACUGUGCGCUGAGUGGGCUGGGGCCUUGAGGUGACUCUGUGUCCCCCCAGCCACGGGGCGGGGAAGGGGGUGGCUGGGUCUCCUGGCUGGUAAAGGGCUCUACUUAAAGCACAUGAUCUGGAGCAACUCACCUCUGCCCUGGGUCUGCAGAAGGCUGAGGACUUUUGGUUAAAAGCAAUCCUCAUGAAAACACCCCACCCUGCUUGGCAGCCAGGGUACAAGUCCUGGGUACCUCCUCUUCGCCUCCCUUCUGCCCCCUUCCUGCUGCUGGGGGCAGAUCCUGCACACACAGAACACAGCGUUUGCCCCCGAGCCAUUCCCUGGAGACCCUGGGUCUACCCCAGGUGGUCGUCACCUGGGCCAUUUGCCUUACUUCCCUGGAGCACACCCCCCUCAGUUACAUGCCAGACCCAGAUCUGCAUUCUCCUGCCCUGUCCUGGAGCUGGCCCCUGGCUGCCUGGAGAACCCUGGGUAGGUCCCAAGGGUGGGAUAGAGAAGAGGGCACUGCUAUGGUGUGGGAGCAGUCCUGGGGCUUCCUGGUGGCUGUGGCCAGUUGAGGGCCAUUCCUGGGUGGGGUGGCAAUGGAAGGACAGGUCAGAGUGCCCUCAUUUGUGGGGCUGCCCCUCAGGGGUUCUCAUCCUGUCCUUGGUGCCUUCUGCUGCCCAACAAGUCCAGGGAAGGCCGAGGCCUCAGACUCCUGGGUAGGGGUGGGGGUUGAGGACCAAAGUGCCAUAGUGACAUCCAGAACACAAGCCCACCAGGGUGCAGCACAGGCUGCCCACUCCCCCAGGGUAUCCCAGGCUCAGAAGGGGGUACACGCCCCAUGUGGUCAAGGCUCGGGUGAGUGUCUUGCCCAAUUCCUGUUGGUUCAAGGGGAGGAGAGAUGCUGGCCAGGCCCCAGGCACAGCCCUGACACAGCCGUGGCUACUGGAGAGGCCUCACACCUGCGGCCCCAAAGCCCCUGGGCUUGGCUGUUUCACACAGAGGUGAUAGACUCAGGUGGCCUGACCCUUGGGAUUUGGGAGGCUUCCUGGAACACUCAGCAGGUGAAGGCAGCAAGGGCUGUGGCUGGGAGCCAGACCUAGCCUUGAUCCUGAGUUUUUUGUUUAUUGGUUUUUUUUUUUUUUUUUUUUUGACACGGAGUCUCGCUGUGUCGCCCAGGCUGGGGUGCAGUGGCCGGAUCUCAGCUCACUGCAAGCUCCGCCUCCCGGGUUGGCGCCAUUCUCCUGCCUCAGCCUCCUGAGUAGCUGGGACUACAGGCGCCCGCCACCUCGCCCGGCUAGUUUUUUGUAUUUUUAGUAGAGACGGGGUUUCACCGUGAUAGCCAGGAUGGUCUCGAUCUCCUGACCUCGUGAUCCGCCCGUCUCGGCCUCCCAAAGUGCUGGGAUUACAGGCCUGAGCCACCGCGCCCGGCCUGUUUUUUGUUUUUUUUAAGAUGGAGUCUCGCUCUGUUGCCCAGGCUGGAGUGCAGUGGCGCCAUCUCAGCUCACUGCAAGCUCCGCCUCCCAGGUUCACCCCAUUCUGCCUCAGCCUCCUGAGUAGCUGGGACUACAGGUGCCUGCCACCGCGCCCGGCUAAUUUUUUGCAUUUUUAGUAGAGACGGGGUUUCACCGUGUUAGCCAGGAUGGUCUCGAUCUCCUGACCUCGUGAUCUGCCCGCCUCGGCCUCCCAAAGUGCUGGGAUUACAGGUGUGAACCACCGCGCCUGGCCGAUCCUGAGUUUUAAGGGCUGCCAAAGAGGGGCAGUGGGUUGGGGUUGUUUUUACUACAAAAGAAGUAACUUAGUUUUAUAAAGACAAACCUAUUGUAGCCAAAUGACACCAUAUUUAAUAAAAUGUACUCUGAAGUGA